CCCCCCUCUUCAAAGGUGCAGGAAGUUCAACUCGGCAUUUCCAGGCAGAGGCAGCCCGCAAAAUGGCACUGGAAUGUAGACUAGGAGCGCUCGAGCCGAAGCGCGUUUGCUGUCGCUCGCUCGUCAUCAGUGCCGCGUGUUGAAAUUCUUCAUCAAUAUAUGGUCCGCCUGCGCACUUGAGAGCGCUGGAGGCAACGGAUGGCACGCACGACGCAGCGUCCGCAAUUCACAGUCGAUGCUGCCCAAGUGAUGCGUUCCUCUACUCGGCGUCCUCAAGUCGUAUCUUCAAUGACGGACCGUUCUGGACGUGAAUUCAUCUCUUCUGAAACGAGAGCCUUUUGUGUACUCCGUUGGGACUGCGCCAACACGCUCUUUGUUUAACCCACAUCGAAAUCAUCCAAGUCUGUGAAAAACACACAAGAAAUCUCCGGUAGUUGGAGCCGCUCUAGUACCGCGGCAGACAGCCAUUUGACAGCAAAUACUGUUGUUGUUCAAAUGGUGCAGAUGCUUCUCAAGCACGAGUGGCCAGUGUUUGUCAACAACAGAUAUGCAAAUAGUGCAGAGUGAUGAGACGACGACAGCAGGUGCAUGAAUAAUGUAGACGUGUGCGGCGGCAUGUUACAAUGGAGUUGGAAGUCACCUGUUUAAGAAGUGAAUGGCAAGAGGGGAGAAGCUGUUGGAAUGUCUGCUGGUUUUGGUUUGCGUUGUUCGAGAGCCCCUACCUGAGGGAAGGAGCUGCAAUGCCGGGUGCCCGGGAUGUGGCGGGUCCGAGAGGAUUUUGCACGCUCUUGUAUUAGUUCUGGCAGCGUGCAAGUCCUCAAGGGUGGCUAGGGAGGUACCGACAAUUUUUUCAGCGGUUUUGAUUGUCCGUUAUCGUAAACCUAGACCGGGAUCUUCUUAGAAGAGUGAGCAGAAAUGAGGUCAACCCCAUCCUACCGAAUAAAUCAUUUCAAUGCGGUAACAUUUCAGUUUGGAUGUUCAGAGAAGUGGGAACAUAUUUUUGAGGGGGGCGGGGGGGGGGGCAAUGCAAAGCUGAGAUUUUCGCUUCUUCGGCGGACUGAUCCACAAGUCCUGCUUGUUUCAAACAAAGUGAAUUCCGUGAUCCUCUUCUAGCAUCUCACCUAUUGUGGUUAUGCGCUGUUCUUCACGCUGUGCUCUAAAGUGGAGGAGCCGACCGAAAGUGGAGACGAGGAGACCAUGGAAACACUUGUUGCUGCAGACUCACUUCUGGACUUGGACUGUCCUGAUACCCUGUCGCUGGAACACUACUCCCAGACCUUUCUGCCAGCGCUGGGCGAUGUCAUCACUGCUCCUGUCACUCAGUUGACUUUGUCUGCAGAGGGGAUUGUGGGAACUGUUGAAGAGCCAGAAUGGCACACGUUGCACACAAUGGAACCCGCGACACAGCUGCAGUCCAAACAGAGAAGUAAAAAACGACAUCGAAGGGCGGAGUCUCCUACUCCUGACAUAAAAGUGAAACGGGAUAAAUACAAUAAAGGUGGAACCACGCUCUACCUGUGGCAGUUUCUGAUGGAGUUGCUGCAGGACAGACAAGUUUGCCCCCGCUACAUUAAAUGGACCAAUCCCAACGCAGGGAUCUUCAAGCUGGUCAACUCAAAGGCGGUGGCGAGACUCUGGGGCAAACACAAGAACAAGCCAGAUAUGAAUUAUGAGACCAUGGGCCGAGCACUCAGGUAUUAUUACCAAAGAGGCAUCCUGAAUAAGGUUGAAGGCCAGCGCCUUGUCUACCAAUUCACCUCACUCCCCAAAGACAUGAUCUACAUCACGGACGACGACAAAGAGGAAGAAGAACACGAUGACAACAGUGCUAAUGAUGGAGUGAGUGAGGAUUCUGAUGACAGCACAGUAUCUACAAGUGAUCAAUCGGUGAAGGAGGAAGAUUCCAUCCCACCAAAGAAGACGUCAUUUUGCUCGGUCCAGCGGAUUAGGCCGACUCGUGACACCGUCCUUCGACCCGCCAGCUCCAGCCUCAUCCAGGAGCAGCAUUUGCCCAUCGUGUCUGCCGAGAUGUUGCGCACCCUUCAGAACCUGCAGAAGGUCCAGUCCCUCCAGCCGGCCGGUCGCGCCUCCGUCUUCAAAACGGCUCAGCUGCUGGGGAGUCUGUGUGAGCAACAGGAUUCCCAGCAAGGAACCAAAGCUUCUCAGGUGGAGAUCUCGAAGCUGGUGCCUCGCAUUGGCUCUGACCAGUAGAUUACAGAGUCGCACACACACACACACACACAUGCACACGCACGCACGCACACACUCACAAAGUCACUCACUCCACUGAGCUGCAUUGUCAGCAAGCGUUUGGAUUUGAAAGAACCAAACCAAAGCCCGUAGCAGAUGACAAAAGCUCCUGAUGUCCUGAAUGGUCCUCUCAGUCCCUUGUAUCUGGUAAAUGCACAAGAAACCAAAGACAUGCACUGGAACCUGCAGCGUUUCUGCACGCAGCCCCUGCUUGCACUUCUGAGCGGCACACUGUGCUCCUCCGCCAUGAUUCUCGCUCCGUGUAACCUCUCUCGUGCUCAAUCAUUCCUCUGCCUUGACAAUGACUUUGCACUAAGUAAUGUUUAUCCCUGCUGUACGUUUCUUCUUUAAGUGCCUGAUGAGCUCAGUGUAUCCUGUCCCUUCUUACUCUUGCUGAGCGUAGUAAGGGAAACAUUCCACUUUUUUUAAGAUUAUGGAAUUAUGUUUGUGUUUUGAAUUGCUAAAAAUAAGGGAUCACUGUUCGAGUAGUAAUUUAGCACUGCUGCUGUUAAUAUUUGAGGUACAGUAUCUACAGCAGACUCCUUUUUGUUUUUGACAAUCACGAGUGAUCUCGGUCUUUUAUUUAGCUACUGUGUCGCCUGUAGUCACACUGCAACUAUGGAGCUUACCUGCUAUGCACUUGUUGUUUGUUGAACCUUAUAUAUUUGCCUAUUUGGAACUCUAAAGCUUUGAUAUAUUUACUUAUUGUGUAUUUACUGUAUGUCAGUGAACAUGCUUGACUUGUGCCUUGUUGCCAUUUUUUCUCUCAGGUUUUGUUUUGCCUAUAUGCAAAAAGUAGAAUGGCUGGCCUUUCAUAAUGAAGUAAUGAGAAGGUCAAUGUUUUGUUGUACAAGUUUUAUUACAUUUAGUUUCUGCCUUUGUUUGAACCUCAUUAAGGCAGCCCACAAGUUUCACAGCACUCCUCACAAAAACUGAACUCAAAAGUCCAACUCAGAUGGUGGCGUAAAACAACUGCCUGUGCGCCCCUUGGACCCCUAUGCAAAAUGUUUUCUACUUCUUGGAGUCAUUUGGAAUCCUGUCUGUUUGCGUUAUGUUGAGAUGUCUCGAUUCAAUGAGUUUAAAAGAUACGGAUUUGUAAGAAAAGAUACGGAUUUGUAAGAUUUUAGCAGAGGGAAUUUGGCAUUUGUUUUGUUUUGUCUGCUUUGAUGCAGUUAAAGAUAAUGCUCUGCAUUCAUCAAAUAAAUAUACUCUGUUCAGUU